AUGCCAUCCGCAAGAGAAGAACAGUUAAACACCUACAAAUUCGUGUCCAUCAUCACCUUGAUUCUUUCAGCCUAUGGAAGUUUACGCUACACGGGAGUACCAGAGGGUGAUUUACAACAUACCCCUUACUCGGCAACCAAUGUUCUUCUCUUUAUCUAUUGGGGCGUGUUGUACUUGUGGCAGAUCUUGUACGUGGUGCAGAUUUUCUUCCCCGAUGAAUACAGAUUAUCGAUAAUUUCGUUGGUGGGAUGGCAUUUCCCCAUUUUCAACGUGUUGACUUACGUAUGGGGCGAGUUUUUCAGCCUGGGCCACUAUUUUUGGAGUGAAAUUGCGAUAAUCUUAAACUUUUUCAACAUUUUGGCGCUCUAUUUCGCGCACAAGACAUUCGCCUUGAGACCGGUGCAGAACUGGUUGUUGAUUCACGUUCCCUUGGUGGCUAUGCCCUUGUCGUGGUUGCUCUAUGCUAUCUUCUGGAACGGCGCCGUGUGGUUGCACAUCCACAAGACCUGGGGCAGAAUCUUGGCCAACGUGUUUAUUUGGGACUUUUUGUUGGUUCCUGGCGUGUUUUUGAUUUUGUUCAACGACUGGGCCAUCGGGUUGAGUUCCAGUUACUUGAUGUUUGCUGUUGCUAUUGGACAGUUGUACACUAAAGUUUUCGCGUUGCAGUGGAUCUUUGCAUUUACUAUUGCGGGAUUGUUGUUGGUUUGGAGUUUGAUCAGCAUGGUUGUUGGUGGCGUCAGACUGGAAGUUGAUGAAAACGCGCCCUUGUUGGUUGUUGAGGAAGGACUGACUGCUUGA